CCUUUCUCUGAGGUUUCAACAAGUCACUUAUCUUCCCAAACUUAAUUUUAUUUCGUAUCCCUCUGUUCUACUUCAUAUUGCAGUCAAAUCAAUUUUCUCAUUGUUCUCUCUACAAAGUGAGUCAAUGGCGUGGAGGCGUGGAGGAGAGAUGGUAAAUCAGUGUUAGGCAGGGAGACACAUACACAACCUAAUUACUGUGCUUCAAUUUUCACCACUACAUAAGGGACCAUCAAAUUGCCAUCUUUUACUACUACAUUCAUCAUCCUAAGACUCCAUUGUUCACAAAAUCAUAACCAUGGCAACAAAGCUUCUGUGGCUUUCUCUGCUGAUUCUAAAUCUGCUCCUUCACACGUCUAGCACCGUGGGAUCCGAAACUGCGGCAACAGACUUCAUCAAGUCCUCAUGCAAGGAGACAAGGUACCAGGUGGCGUGCGUUAAAACGCUCUCAGGCUACGGCAGCAAGAUUGGGAAGAGCGAGCAAGCACUAACGAGCGCUGCGCUGAGCGCGAGCGUAUCGAAGAUUGUAUCAUGCGUAUCGUCUCUUAAGGAAAUGGAGAAGGCGAAGGAACUGAAAGCAAGAGAGCUGAAAGCGGUGCGAGAUUGCAUAGAGAACAUGAAUUAUAGCGUGGAUAGUCUUAACCGAUCGGUGAAGGAGCUGGACCUGCUGGGUAAUCCGAAGGGGAAGGAUUCACGGUUGCACGUGAGCAAUGUUCAGAGUUGGGUUAGUGCUGCUAUCACUGAUCAGGACACGUGUAUUGGCAGCAUUACUGAUGCUAGUUUCAAGUCUUCCAUCAAACAUAAGCUUCUGGAUGCUUCUCAUGUCACCACUAAUGCUCUUGCAUUGGUUAAUCGCUUGGCCUCCAACUACCACACUCAGACGCCAUGAUCAUGUCUGCUUAAAACAUUCGUUUCUUCCAUUAUUUUCCUGCUUUCGUAUGUUCAUUAUGCCCUCUGCAAUGCAUAUGCAUGCUGUGUAAGUGUAAGUGGGCAAUAUAAUUGUUGUGCUUCAAUUGUAUUCCUGAUUAAUAAAUUUGUGGCUAUGUCUUUGCCUCAAACCCCAUAGUUGUUCACUACGCUUAUUGGUUUUUAUUAACCAAUAACAGCAACCUUCCUUUGUAAACGGGAGACCGAGUGUAGUUGAUCUUCCAUGAUACAUACACGUAUC